AUGGAUUUGAAAAACGAAUUGUUACAGCACAUUCAACAGAUAUCAAUCGAUCAAAAUAAGCACGAGACCAAAUCGAAUUAUCGUCCGAAGUAUAGCAACGAACAUUACACGAAGUUAAUCUGGAGUUCCACAGAUUACAAUGAUGUUGAGAACAUCCAAGUUCAAUUAAUAGCCGUUGAAAACGACGAUCAACGUGAUUUAUUUGAUUACAUUCGACACACUGUCUCCUCUAUGCCUCAGUGUCAAAUUCCCGGACGAGUUCUUUCUGUGUUAGUCUACGAUCAGUAUUCGCAAACUUAUCUUGGAAUAUUGCAACUAACAACAGACUUAUUAAAAAGUGAAUCUAAAGAUAAUUUCAUACAACCAGCUUUAGAGCCCGCUAAGAGAAAUCGUUUCAAACAACAUAUCCGCGAUCAUUCGGUGAAUUUAUCCAUUUGCGUUCCCGUUCAACCAUUUGGUUAUAAUUUCUGCGGAGGAAAACUUUUAGCAAUGCUCGCAUUCUCCAUUGAACUCCAUCAAUUCUAUGAGAAACGUUACGGCUAUCCAAUAGCAUUAGUGACAACAACAUCCAUCCACGGCAAAUCGAUUCAAUACGAUCGAUUGAAACAAUUGAAAUUCAUUGGUUAUACCAAAGGAUUUGGAAUCAGUCACAUACCAACGUCAUUGCUUGAAAAGGGAAAAGUUUAUCUUGAACAAAAUCAUCCUGAAUCCCUUCAUCGAAAACAAGCCAAUUGGCAAUUGUUGAAAAUUCUCGUACAAAAAUUAGAUAUCGAUAGCAACGACGUGUUUUAUCAUGGCAAUCAGCGAGGUAUCUAUUGCGGCUGGACAGGAGCAAAUGGAAGUGAUUUUCUUAUGAAGAGAGUCACACGACUCAAUCAAGAUAAACUCCAACCAGUCGAGGAAUGCAGCCGAUUUUGGAAAGACAGAUGGGCAAAACAACGAUCGACACAUUUGAACAAACUGAAAGCUCUAGAUUGA